AUGGCAAAAAACAAGUCACUAUGUUUUCGAUGCCUCACUCGACGCACUCUCAAACAUGAGUGCAAAGCCCGAACAUGCAACACCAACCAGUGCAACCGCACUCAUCACCCUAUGCUACAUUUCCUGAAAAGAGAGGUCCCCGAAGAGAAAACAGAAACAGUCAGCACGGCAUGGACGACGAGAAGAACUCACACCUUCUUAAAAAUCCUCCCUGUCAAAGUCUCCGGUCCACAAGGCGAUGUCGACACCUUCGCCUUACUCGACGACGGGUCCACAGUCACCCUAGUCGACGCCGACAUCACCAACCAAGUCGGCAUAAAGGGACCGAGCGACCCGCUACGCAUAGAAGCCCUCUCAACCGACAUAGGAGUCAGGAAAUCACAGCGUGUAACACUCACGGUACACGGGGCGACUAACACCUUCGACACGCAUGCCCGGACGAUAGAAAACCUACAGCUCUCACCGCAACGCAUCGAAAACGACGACCUCACCGAGUGCCACCACUUGUCCGACAUCGCUCAACAACUAGUCUACGAGGCGACACCGAAGAUACUAAUAGGACAGGACAACUGGGAGCUACUCCUCGCCACAGAAACAAGAAGAGGGGCGCGGCAUCAACCGGUCGCCUCCCUCACCCCUCUCGGCUGGGUGCUACACGGCGCACACACGCGCACUAUAGGACAUCGAAUCAACUACAUUACCGCACCCACACCCGAAGAUAGUAUGGACGAACAGCUCCGUCAGUACUUCGCCAUCGAGUCUCUCGCUAUAGAACAGAAAAGGCCACAAAGCGACCCCGAACAGCGUGCGCUCAACAUACUCGCCGAACGCACUACACGUAGCGACGACGGUCGUUACAUAACGUCGCUACUGUGGCACACAGACAACGCGUCCAUGCCCGACAACUACAAUAACGCGUACAACCGCCUACUGUCUACAGAAAAAAAGAUAGAUAAAGAUCCACUACUUAAACAGAAAUACAACGAACAGAUGGAAACGCUUAUAGAAAAGGGCUAUGCCGAGCCCGCUCCGAGUACCAAAACAGCCAAUAGAACUUGGUACUUACCUCAUUUCCCCGUUCUCAACGCAAUGAAACCGGGAAAAGUACGCGUCGUACACGAUGCCGCAGCCAAAACGCAAGGUGUAUCACUCAACGACUACCUGCUCACCGGUCCCGACUUACUACAGUCUCUACCGGGGGUACUCAUGCGCCUCCGCCAGCACAAGUACGCCGUGUCCGCCGACAUCAAGGAAAUGUUCAUGCAAGUCAAGAUACGUGAACAAGAUCGGGACGCCCUCCGCUACCUCUGGCGAGGCGACAAUAGAGGCGACACGACUCCCCGAGAGUACCGCAUGACAUCACUCAUCUUCGGAGCAAAGUCAUCACCUGCGACAGCAAUCUACAUAAAGAAUAGCAACGCCGAGCGGCACAAAGUCACAGACCCGGACGCGUACGACGCAAUAGUCCGCAAUCACUACGUCGAUGACUAUCUACAGAGCUUCGAGACAAUAGAACAGGCCGUAGCUACGUCGAACAGAGUACGCGAGAUACACAGCGAAGCACACUACGAGCUACGACAAUGGACCUCAAACUCACAAGAGGUUCUCACAGCACUCUCGGAGCCAUCGACGACAACUCAGUCAGUCUCACUCGACGAAAACACGAAGACCGAACGUAUACUAGGUCUCAUCUGGAAGCCGUACAGCGACGAGUUAGCCUUCAACCUCGAUCUAGCACGUCUGCCACAAGACGUGCUAAACAGAAAACAACCCACCAAGCGUGAGGCGCUUAAAAUAGUCAUGUCAUUGUUCGACCCUCUCGGUCUCGCUUCGCCUGUCACAUCUAAGGCGAAACAACUCCUUCAAGAAGUAUGGAGAAGAAACACCGAAUGGGACCAGCCGAUCGACACCGACCUCGCCGCACAAUGGACGGAGUGGAUAGAACAUCUCAAGAAGCUAACCCACGUCGCGAUACCCAGAUGUCACUUACACUACAGCGACGCUAGUAACAUGCAACUACAUGUUUUCCUCGACGCUAGUGAAACAGCCUUCGCCGCCGCGCUAUACUGGCGCAUACAGUCGCCGGAGGGACACGUGACUACAUCACUGGUCUUGGGGAAGGCCAAAGUCGCACCGCUCAAAGUCACGUCAAUCCCACGCCUGGAACUACAAGCGGCCGUCAUGGGCAGUCGUAUGGCCGCGACUGUAAUAGAAGAACACGACCGAAAACCAUCGUCAGUCACGUAUUGGUCCGAUAGCCGCACAGUACUCACCUGGCUAAAAACGGGCGCUCGCUCGUACAAACCAUAUGUCGCACAUCGAAUCGCGGAAAUAGAGGAGGUCAGCAAGCUAAACGAGUGGCGUUGGGUUCCAACUAAACUCAACGUCGCCGACGACGCGACCCGCGACGUACCAAAUGACUUCGAUGUACAACACAAAUGGUUCAGAGGCCCGGAAUUCUUACGUGACAAGCCGACUACCAAUAGAUUCUCGAAAUGGGAACGCCUACUGCGAGCCACCGCUCGCGUCCUUCAGUUUAUAGCUCUAUGCCGCCGCGGCGCUGACGAGAAAGUCAACUACAAACGCACGGCGAAAGUCAGAGAAACAGACAGCACAUGGGGGCGAAAAUAUAGAACCGCCACACCCCGGCCUACAAAACAGGGGGACGACAGCUACAGAAAAUUCAUCCCACUAGAUGCCCGAUAUAGCAAGGAGGCCGAAGCCCUCCUAGUACGCGCCAGUCAACAACAGUCGUUCAAGAGCGAAAUAGACACUCUGCAGAAAGGGGGCAACAUACCCCAUUCAAGCCGACUACGUCCCAUCGCGGUCGAACUAGUCAACGGCGUGAUUCAACUUAAAUCACGUAUAAGCGCGGCAACGGACAUAACAGCGCAGACACGAGCACCGGCGGUCAUCGACGGCGACAACCACGUAACAAAACUAUACGUGGAGUACAUACAUCGACGCCUACAUCACGCGAGCGUCGAGGCUACGAUCAACGAAUUCCGCCAGUACUACUGGAUCCUACGCUUGCGUCCAAUCACACGCAUGCUCAUACAUAGAUGUCUGCCCUGCCGCAUACGACGGUCGACACCACCGCGACCACCGACGGGUAACCACCCGCCGACCCGACUAGCGCACCAUCAACGCCCUUUCACGCACACUGGGCUUGAUUACUUCUUAAAAGAACUAGAAAAAAAGAUUGACGGAAUGGAAGAAGAAAGAUCAGAAGUAAAAAUCAAAAUCGUCAACAUGGAAAAUAAAAUUGAAGCACUAGAACGAAACUAUAGAAAGACAAGCUUUGAAAUCAGAGGAGUACCAAUUAGACAGAAGGAAUCCAAACAGGACCUUUAUGAAAUGAUUAGAGGCAUUUUAAACUUUUCAAACGCCAAGAUUGAUCUAUCAGAUAUCCGAGAUGUUUAUCGCCUACUACCCCAGGGACUUGAUGGGUUGCUCGAAAUUACUACUAGUCUCAUGAAUGAUGAGGAGGCCGAGACGGCGUCGGAAACUGUUGACGAUUUACAUUCUGUUAUUGAUCACGAAGAACAGAGAGAUCCAAUUUGGAACAUGUUAUGCGAAGAUCCUAAUACCACCACCGCUCAUUCAGACACCCUCACUGCUAAUUCAGACACCCUCACUGCUGGGACAAGAUUAAUAGGCGCCCGUGGACGGUCGACAGUCAGUCUGGCCGUGACGGCGCAUCCUACUGCGUCGGGUGGUUUCGUCUGGCCGAAGUUGGACAGAGUGUUGGACAGCCGACACUCUAGCGAAGCGUCGUGUCUCUGGCAGCACUAG